AACUGGGUGCGCAUAAAAGCGUACCUUUGUCGCGGCGCACUCUCACCUGACCCUCCGUUUGGCUGCCGCUGAGGGGAAGAGAGAGGGAGUGUGUGUCAGUUGUCCAAGCCCGCGUAGCGCUUUCCAUCCACCCAUCGCCAUUGCCUGUUUCCUGAAUCCACCAACCGCCCGCCAAUAAUGGAACAGCUCCUUCAAGCCCUGCACGACGAGGUCCAUGACCCCGAAGAAGACGCCUUUCUCGUCUUUUCCCAGCCCGUCCCGUCCCAUGCUCUCGGCAUCAUUGACAACAAAGCCUCCUCGCUGGAGCUCACCGUCGCCGGUCGCGACCUGACCAUCUCCCAAUCCCCAGGCCUGCUCACGUCCAAUCGCGCCCUUGGCAGCACCGGUGCUGUCGUCUGGAAGGUCACGCCUCAUUUCGCCGAGUGGAUCGCGAGCGAAGGCAACCUUUUAUUCAGAUCCCAGGCACUGGGCUCGGAUUCGACCGUCUUGGAAUUGGGCGCUGGCGUCGCAGGCAUCGUACCGCUCGCCCUGGCGCCAAGCGUAAGCAGAUACAUUGCCACGGAUCAAGACUACGUGCUGAAACUGCUGCGCCAAAACAUCGCGGACAACAGCAGCGCCAGUAAAGUUGGUGCGAAACGCGGAAAGUCUCAGAAAGGUCGGGCGGGCGCGAAAGCGCAAGACACGUCGUCGGCCGGGAAGAUUGAAACGCUGACGUUGGACUGGGAGAGUGACUCUGUGGCCUCUCUUCCCCAGCAACUAAACCGGCAAGUUGGUGGGAUUAGCCCUGCCGAGGCUGGUGUCGAUGCCAUUAUUGCUUGUGAUUGCAUCUACAAUGACCAUCUCAUAGAGCCGUUUGUCAAUACGUGCGCCGACAUCUGUGCGCUACGGCCGCAGGAAGAGGGGGUUAAGCCUACCAUCUGCAUCAUCGCACAACAGCUCAGGACGCACGAGAUCUUUGAAUCGUGGCUUGUGGCUUUUCAUCGACGGUUCAGAGUCUGGAAGCUGCCUGAUGAGCACAUGCCCAAGGAGCUUAGAGAAGAUUCGGGGUUCAUCGUCCAUGUCGGUAUUCUACGAUAG